AUUUGUACUUGAGCUGUCAGUGGAUUGAUGAGAAUUGGGAGAAGCAAAGCAGGGUUAUAGGCUGGCUGCGGCUAGAUUGGCCGAUGGAGGAUCCUGAGAAUGUCUCGUCUUCGAUUAUGGAAGCCGUUUCGAAAUGGGGGCUCCAGGGUAAAAUCCUCUCAAUGAACUUCGAUGAUCUGAUUCUGACCAAUGUUCCUGAUGCCGUUUCACAGCUGCGGUCUUCUUUGAAUCCGGUAUUCGGUGAGCGGCUUUUCCAUAGCAAAUGUGCGUAUCACAUUCUCAAUUCAUGUUUCGAAGAUGGGUUCUCAGUGAUUUCUACGCAGCUCGAUAAGGUCAGAGAUGCUAUUGAUUUCAUCUACUGGGAUGAGGCAAGGACACUGCAGUUUAAAGAGAUGUGCAGCCAGAGCUGUGUGAGGCAUAAAAGAUUGCUUCCGGAUACACCGGAGUGGGUUAACACGACUUAUGAUAUGCUGGAUGCUUUCAUUCGCAAACGCCACAUACUUACUGAGUUUUGUAACCGUGAGUUUGCUGCUGGUACUUAUUGUCAUGAUGGAGAACCCUUAGCCGAAGAUGAAUGGCAAGUUGUAUGCAGCAUGAGAGACUUCUUUGAAAGUUUUGUGUUGGCCUGCAGGCUAAGUUUUCAGCUUACUGGGGUGGUGAAGGAAUCCCCAUGGUGUAUUGUCUUGCAACAAUCUUGGAUCCCAGAUACAAACUAGCUGGCUUGUUCAAGUUGUUGGAUGCUUAUCAUGCUAACAUGAAUUCCUCGAUUGGCAAUACGAAAGAUGAGGUUCAGGCUCUACUCUACAGAAUGUAUGAUGCAUAUUUUCAGCAGUAUAGCCCUACUCCGAUUCCCAAAGAUCUGGUUCGAGCAGAAGGCUGCAGCAGUAGCGGUACUAAAACUGCAGUUCGUCUUGUUCGUAGUAUGAGAAAGGGCGGUGAUGUGGAUUCUUACUCUGAGCUCAACUAUUACCUGUCAUCUAAUGAUGUGUCUGGUUUCAGCAUGGAAGAAGACAUUGAUAAACUGGACAUGUUUGAUGUCUUGAAAUGGUGGAAACAUAACCAGGUUAAAUAUCCGGUGCUGUCUACCAUGGCUCGUGAAGUAUUGGCGCCUCUAGCUUCAGCCAAAGUGCCGGAUGAUACAUUUGAUUUCCAUUCGCCGGAAGUUAACAGUCGUAGGUGGGAGAUUCGGCUAGAAACUGCGGAGAUGUGCGUUUGCCUCAAGGAUUGGCUCAGAGCUGCAAGUCAUGCCCAGCAUUUGUUUGUUGACAUGCACGCGGGAGACGUAAGUAGCGAUGAAGAGGAUGGUGAAAACGAUGAGGGGAAGGAUAUUAAUGAUGAUUGAGGAGGGAUUAGACGUACGUUUUUACCAGCUAGCUAGUUGAUAUGUGUUUUUAUAUAUUGUUGCUAUUCAGAAUGGUGCUGGCCAUUCUGGGGAAUGGAUGGACAAUUGAAAAAGACUUGGUUUGUGGGGGGAUUUCUUGUGGCCAAACUAUGAAAUACUUUUGUGAAAAACUGUCAUUGAUAGUAGCGUG